AGCAAGCAUGGCACCACCAUCGCCAAGCCCCAUCGGCGUCCUUCGAGGCCACGCCGCCGCAGUCAACAGCGUGGCCUUUCUUGAGCAGGGCGGCGCCACGUACCUCGCAUCCGGCGCUGCUGACGGCAACCUCAAGCUCUGGGAUCUCUCGAUCCGGCGACCCGCUGCGUCCAUCUCGGCGCACUCCAAGGCCGGUAUCUUAUGCGUGGGCAUGCAGGGCGAUGCCGUCCUCAGCCACGGCCGCGACGGCUUUCUCAUACUCUGGGACGUUGCCAACGGCGGUGUACACGCGCGCCAGCGGCUAGCGUGCGGUUCGUAUACGUUUACCAAGGCCAAGGCCCUCGGCGCGCACUCGAUCCUGUCGCCGCUCGAAGACGCGCAAGCGCUGGGCAUCUUUGACUUGCGCGCCGACAAUCAAGCACCCGCAUUGCGCUUCAACGGCGCCGCGCUCCAGUCGGGCAUGUGCAUGGCACUCGAUGUCCUGCCCUCCACGACAGCUACCGAAGGCGAUCCCUGCGCGAGCUUUGAAGGCGGACUCGUCGCACGCUUCGAUGUACGCGCGCCAGCCACGCCGAUCGCCCACCACAAGGUCGCCGAGUCGCCGCUGGUGUGCAUGGCCUCGACGCCGUUCGGGACGCUCCUCGGAAGUCCGUCGCAUGACGUGCACCGCCUCGACUGGGCGACGACCGAGGCCAGCGUCGUGUACAAGGCCAAGUCGGAGGGCAUCAACGCGCUCGCGAGCCGCCAGGAUGCCCGCAUCUUUGCAUCCGGUGGACGCGACCACAUGGUCCGCAUCUUCCACAAUCGGACGUGUCGGCGGCUCGCAACGCUCAAAUUCCACACCGAGAGCGUCUACUGCGUCGCAUUUGCAGCCGACAACAAGCUGUUGGCGUCGAGCGGCAAGGACGCGAAAAUCGCGCUUUGGUCCAUCUACCCGCCGCCGUGAGCUCCCGCUCACCUCUCGGACCACGUCGCACCAUAGAUGUAAUGCCAUACAGUAGUCGAUUCACCAAGUACGACGGCUCAUGUUGCAUUUACCAGCGCCGGCGUCAAAGGCUCUGCCAUGACGUAUAUACAUUGGAGUGGAGUCUUUUCAACUUGUGUCUUGAA